UCCAAUAACAAUGAGCCUGGAGUGCUCCCUUCCCUGCAGGUUUGUGAUGAGAGGCAUUGCCUGCACAAUCACAAAAGCUCCACCAGUGCAAUGAAGCUACAAUGGUUACAUCGCAUCUCCAGCUCUGUCGACGCUGGCAGGGGCACUACGCUAAGCACGCAACUUGCUUAAUUGAGCUUUCCUUGUGGCAGGGGCAGUCAUGGCGCCCCUUGACAGGCCGCACCUGCAUUCCAGAACGAUUGUUCCCCUCAGCUUCUAGUCUGCCCUUUCGCGCUUCCUAUCUCUCGUUUCAUGCUUCUGAUCCCCUUUGAAAUGGCCUUUUGGAGCUCUAUCUCGCUCCUUUGGGCCCUGCCUCUCGUUCUGGCCUCGUCUGACCCUCUCUCUGAAGUGACUGGUGACUAUGAUGUUCUCCAAUAUGUCAAUCCGCUCAUUGGGAGCGCCAAUGGAGGAAAUGUUUUCGCUGGUGCGACAAUUCCCUAUGGUAUGGCUAAAGCCGUAGCCGAUACCGAUUCGCAGAACAAUCAAGGAGGCUUUGCGUUCGACGGCAGUCGUAUCACCGGCUUUUCCAGUCUGCACGAUUCUGGCACCGGCGGCCAGCCCUCUCUUGGGAACUUUCCUCUUUUCCCAUACACAAGCUGUCAAAAUGACGAUGUCAAUGGCUGCCUGUAUCCCAAGAAGGAGCGAAAGACAAGCUACGACCCUGCUUCGGUUCAUUCCAGCCCGGGAUAUUUUGGUUUGACUAUGAGCUCUGGGAUCCAGGUCGAUAUGACGGCAACCCACCAUACGUCUUUAUUCCGGUUCCGCUUCCCCGUCAAUGCGUCGUCGAGUCCUCUUAUCUUGCUGGAUCUUUCCGACUUGUCCGACACCCGCCAGGACAACGGGUCUAUCUCCGUCGAUGCCAAAACAGGACGCAUGACUGGCCACGCGCGAUUCUUGCCAAGCUUUGGAAGUGGUUCCUACGUGCCGUACUUUUGUGCUGAUUACCAGAGCACGUCCGAGAUUAGAGACACCGGGAUCUUUGUGGAUGCGCGAGCCAGUACGGAAGUUAAGACCCUCACGAUAUCGCGCAGCAUAAACGGCUACCCCCUGCCGGGCGGUGCCUUUAUACGCUUUCGUCCCGCAUCCGAAAACACGAUUCAAGCCCGCGUGGGUCUAAGCUUCAUCAGCAGCGAAAAGGCUUGUCAGAAUGCGGAGGCCGAACUUGCCGACUUUGAUUUCAAUAAGACUCAUGCGGCAGCGGUCAAGUUAUGGACCGAGAAGAUGGCGCCGAUUCGGGUAUCUAGGAACGGGGUAAACUCAACGACCUUGACCAAUUUCUACAGUGGGAUCUACCGGACGAUGGUCAAUCCGCAAGAUUACACGGGAGAGAAUCCGUUGUGGGAGAGCAAGGAGCCAUACUUUGACUCAUUCUAUUGCCUCUGGGAUUCCUUUCGGUCCCAGCUCCCAUUCCUGACGAUCUUCGAUCCUGCCUCGGUAACCCGGAUGGUUCGCUCUCUGAUUGAUACCCAAAGACAUCUCGGAUGGCUACCUGACUGCCGCAUGUCUCUUUGUAAAGGGUUCACGCAGGGCGGCUCAAACGCGGAUGUCGUGCUGGCAGAUGCAUAUGUCAAGAAUCUCACCGAUGGGAUUGACUGGGAAGCUGGGUAUGCAGCAGUGCAGAAGGAUGCCGAAGAGGAGCCGUUCGACUGGUCCAACGAGGGCCGGGGAGGAUUGCAGAGCUGGAAGGCACUAAACUACAUUCCCGUGGAGGACUUUGACUUCAUUGGCUUUGGGACGCUGACACGCAGCAUAUCCCGCACGCUAGAGUAUGCCUACAACGACUUCACCAUUGCUCAGAUGGCCCGAGGGUUGGGCAAGACGAGCGAUGCGGAGAAAUACGAGAGCACCGCGAAGUAUUGGCAGAACCUCUUCCGCGCAGACCAGACCUCAUUCCUCAACGGCACAAAUACAGGUUUCACGGGCUUUUUCCAGCCGAAAUACCUGAAUGGCACAUGGGGAUAUCAGGAUCCUCUAACAUGUUCCAACAUCGACACAAGCGGACGAUCCUGCUCUCUGCAGAACAACGCCGCGGAAACCUUUGAAUCUAGCAUCUGGGAAUAUCAAUUCUUCGUUCCUCACGACAUGUCCACCCUCGUCACCCUCCUCGGCGGGCCAGAUCGCUUUACUGCUCGCCUCGACUACCUCCACGACCGCGGCAUCACAUACAUCGGCAACGAACCCGCCUUCCUCACUGUCUUCCAGUACCACUACGCCGGCCGGCCCGGUAAAUCCACCCAGCGCGCCCACGCCUACAUCCCUGCGUUCUUCAACCCCACGCCCACCGGCCUCCCCGGCAACGACGAUUCGGGUGCCAUGGGUUCCUUCGUCGCCAUGACCAUGAUGGGUUUGUUCCCCAACCCCGGCCAAAACGUGUAUCUGAUCACUGCGCCGUUCUUCGAGAGCGUCAACAUCACGUCUCCGGGUACGCGGAAAACGGCCCGCGUGCGCACGAUCGGUUUUGAUCCAAGCUACCAGGCUGUGUUCAUCCAGUCGGCGACGUUGGAUGGACAGCCGUACAACAAGAGCUACGUGGGUCAUGAUUUCUUUACAGAGGGGAGGGAGUUGGUGUUGUGGUUGGGGAGGAAUGAGAGUUCGUGGGGAACGGGGGCCGGGGAUCUGCCGCCGAGUUUGGGGACGGAGGGAGACGCGACGUUGAAUUUUCGGGGGGUUUAA